AUGGCGGAGAUGGUCAAUUCUGCGGUUAUACAGGAGUCAAUUAACCAAAUUAUAUCUGGUCUGGUUCAAAAGUAUGAGGAGAAAGAGGAAACAAAUGCAAUCAGAAACAUAGAGAGGCUAGAGAUGGCACACAUCAGGCUAGAAGCUGCUCUUGAGACUUCUAUUAAAUGGCAGAUCAUUGAUACAUCCAUGUUGCGUUGGCGAAACAAGCUGAAGCGUGCUGCACAAGAGUGUGAUGAGAAACUGCACAAAUGUAACAGAGAAUCCUCGAAGAAGAACGUAUGGAACAGGAGGAGACAUAAGGCCUCUCUGUCUGGAGGUAUAAUGUCUCUGCAAGAGUCUCCAUAUCUGAAAGCUGGAAUUAUGUUUUCACCCCAUGGGUCUUCUGUAGACAUGAUACCAGAGAAUAAAAGUUCUGAAGCAAGGGAGAUAGUUGGUGGAGAUCAACAUCUCUUGCAUACAAACAUUACCUUGCAACAACUAGGAGACAUCAUGCUACCAGAGGCCAUUGAUUACUGCUGCAAUAAUGCUGAAGCGACAGUGUACCAAAUGGUUUGGAAGUCCAAACAUGGGGAUGCACGCACUAAGGUUGAAAGGCCAAGCAUGAGAACACUGAGAACAAGCUUACGAACACGGAGAACUAUUGGGGAACCUACAAAAAGAAAGCUGUUUCAAGGACAGGAACAGGAGGUUUGGAGCCGGACACAUAUGAUCGCUCACUUGCUCGACUUAUGGAGUACCCAUGCACCCAUCCAACUGCAAAGGCCGGCCAUGGACUGGAUGCAGAAAGAAAGGGAAAUUCAGCUUGCAAAAAGAAGGAAAAUCUUCCAGAAAGGAUAUCCUCAGUGA